AUGACGCGCGUCGCGCUGACGAUAUCCCUGCUCGUCGCCGUCGCGGCGACGCUGACCGACGAUGACGUCGCGGAGGCGUCCCGUUAUCUGCGAACCUAUAGCUUUCUGGAGAACGAGGAGAAUCAUCAGCAGUCGUCGUCAUUGGAUAACGCGACCAACCUGAGUGAAGCGCUAUCCUUGUUUCAGGAAUACUACGGUUUGCCGGGAAAUGGCGUUCUGACCGUGGAAAUGAUUCGCGUCAUGCGCAGGCCGCAAUGCGGCGUCGCAGACAUUCACGCUUACAGCCCGUUGACGAGAAAGUGGCCGAAGACGCAUCUCACGUGGAACUUCAGACUAGCGAGCAGAGAUACUCUGCGCAUGUUCGCUCUGUGGUCCGAGCAAUCCUCCAUGACGUUCUCGCACGAUCCGCUGCGACCCGAUAUACUGAUAUCCUAUCAAUCCGGCGCUCACGCGUACGAGAACAGCGACAACGAGGACUCGUGUCCGUCGCCGUUCACGGGACCGGGAUCGGCCGUCGCUCACGCAUUCUUUUCGACGGGAAUGGCCAAUCAUGUGACGGAGGUACACGUCGACGAGACGGAGCCGUGGCACAUCACGUUGACUAGGCCCCCGUCGGACAAGCUGUAUCUCCUUCAGACGCUGACGCACGAGAUCGGCCACAGUCUGGGUCUGACUCACAGUCUGAGGGAAGAUUCGGUCAUGUACGCGUAUACGCCUUCGGAGGAAAGGCAAUAUCCGCUCUGA